AUGAUGUAUGGAGGAUGUGGAUGUGGAAUGAUGGGAUGUGGAUGUGGACAGCCAACCAUUAUUAUUCAACAACCCCCAAUGAUGGCGCCGCCACCACAAAUGCCUCCUCAGCCUCAGAUGGCACCCCCGCCGAUGCCUCCGCCACCGCCUCCCCAAGCUAUGCCUGUUCCACUCUAUCAAACUUACCUAUCAGCACCUCAACCCCCUCCUCCUCCACCUCAUGUCUAUAUGUCUCAAAUGCCUCAAAUGCCUCAAAUGCCCAUGGGUUCAUACGGUUAUGGAAAGAAAUAG